AUGGACACAUGGACUGUGGUAAGAUUUCCGGAGGAAAACACUGUAGAAGUGGUUCCCACGGUGUGGUUAAAUAAAGGCAUGUGCUACUGGCCUCCCUAUACUGAGGCACAACUAAAAGAUGCCAUUGGAAAACAGGAAUCCCCUGAACCGGAAUGGAGCCAAUAUCAAUUCACACAUUUACGGAACAACGUAUUUGUUUACUACAUUUAUCCAAUAGUGUCAAAGACUCAACCGCUUGUGCCUUUACUGAUACCAACUUCACCAGAACGGACUUUACCUGCUACAAUUCUACCGGUACCAACUUUACCUGUACCAAUAGCUUCAUCUUUAAAACCUAAUUAUAAAGGUCUGGAGCGUUAUAAAACUGCAGCAGUUCAGCCACAUCCAACUGAAGAUUCGAAGGCUAAACCAGAUCUGUCAAUCACUUAUAUGAUAAAAAUUGUAAAAGAUUUGGCACUGUUAAAACGUAUGGUAGCAGAACUUGCCGAAAAGAUCGAGAGUCUUGAGCACAAAUUAAAACAUAAACCAGAUGAAGAGGAAGCCGAAGAAUCAAUGUUCACAAAUUUAAAUCUACCAGUGAACUCUGAUGAUGAUAUGGAGGUUCUAGAGCAAUAUCUUUUGGAUCCUAAUAACAUGAAAGCAGCGAUUCGACAGCUUUGUUCAUUUGGAGGGAAAACCAUUUAUGAAUUUAUUUAUCGCGCCAGCGAGAAAAUAAUUACAAACUAG